AUGAGCGAAAACUAUCCCCGUGUGAUUGAAGUUGACGCUCGAAACGAAAAUAAUAAUAAUAAUAAUAAUAUAUUUAAAAACGUUAUUAAUAAAAUAAGGAUUGUAAAUAUAUUUAAGAGUAAAAAAGAUCCGAGUGAAGACGUAGGUUAUGGAAAUGAUGGUACCAUUAAGAAGGAGGAUUAUCAAAUUGCAAUUUGUCAAGAUGGAAAAUUUGCUGUUACAUUUGAUACGGCAAACCUUCGGGUCAAAAUAUUGGAAAAUACCGAUCAUCGUCAACCAAGGUUCAAUAAGAAGAAGGAGGUAGAUUCCAGCAAUCAAAAUGAAUCCAAUGGGUCCGUUGAGAUUGAUAAAACAAUCGCUUAUUUUAAAAUAAAUGAUGACUUCAGUAUUAACAAAUAUUAUAAGACAACAUAUAAGCCUCUUCCAUUUAAAGAAACUCAUGGUGUUGGUUCUUCAAACAGUGACGAUAUAACAAAAGAAAAUAUCUCGAAAAAGGAUGAUAAAUUUAGAUGGUCUUUUGAUAUAUCGAAUAUGUAUAAAAAGAAUGAUACUGAAUAUUUUAUUCUUGUCUCCAUAUCUCGUGUAAAAAUUGACGAGGAUAUGAAGGGUACAAAAGAGAAAAAUAUUAAAGUUACAAAGCUUGAUUAUAAAAGAGAAUAUCUUAGUUCAAAGAAAUUUAAAUGUUCGUCGCCGUCUGACGAUUGUGAAUUAGACGUAAAAAACAAUAAAUUUUACGAAACUCAUGAUACUGCAGUUGAUAUACAAUCAGUACCUAAAAGUGAAAAUUUUAAUGCUCCAGACGAUAAUAUACUUGAAAAAACCGAUGAAAUCAAAAAAGGAAUUUCUAUUUAUCGUCUUGAUUUCAUAAAAAAUAAAGAAAUUGAAGUAAAUUAUGUUCUCAAAGCUGUAACUUGUUAUCAUUCUGACGUAAUUUCAGGGAUAUGUAAGUUUAUAGAUUCAGGUGAAGUCGAUAAAGACAAAUCGUGUGAUACUCAACAAAGAAGAUUUAUAAUAUUGAAUUUCCGUGGGAUAUAUAAUUUUGAAUUUAGUGAUUAUUGUGAUUAUUUUGAUUUAAAUGAGAAAUUUGAAUAUCCACAAAGUGUUAGAUAUGAAUUGGACAACUGGUUUACACGUACAGAUGAUGAUUGUGAUGAUUGUGGUGAUUGCAUGGGACGACUUAUCUCAUGUAUUUACAAUAAAUAUUUUUUAGUUACACAAUACAAAAAUAACGUGCAAUCUCUUGAAGAUUACAACUUUGCUUUACUAGAGGAAUUAGUAUUGUUAAGUUGUAUUAUAUGGAAAAUGGUUUACAAAUCGCAUCAAAGAGGCGAAUGUCCAAAAGGAGUGAUGAUAUCUUUAGUUUGGGAUUUAUAUAAUACCGGUAAAGUUGAAAUAUCGAGGUUAGAUAAUUGUCCAAUUACUCGUUUAGCUAGAACUUCAGGAAAUAUUUUACUAAUUGAAGAUAAUGGAAAAGUUUCAUCAGUCCUUAAAAAAGUUGAAGAAAAUUUAAAAUUAAAAAAAGUUGAUUACAAAAUGAUAACAAAUAAUAAAUGUCAUAUAGAUUUUAAACCAGUUAAUGACACUGAACCAUGGGUGUUGAGUAAUUGCGAGAGGAAAUUUUAUUGUCUUUACCAUAAUAAAGAAGGAACACAAACAAAUACUUUACAACUAAUUGUUGGUAGAUCAACUGUUCAAAUUUGGCAUCAAAUCCAAGAUGAUAGUAAAAACAAAGAUGUUCUUCCUAACAAAGGUGAACCAUUUCUUGAAUAUAUAUGGACAAAUCGUAUUCCAGUAAAUCAAGAAUCUGAAAAAACAAGAUUACAAAUUGAAGAGUUUACUUAUGAUGAUUUAGAUAAUUUUUGUUUAAAGGUUUAUUGGCAUAUAAAAGAAAAUAAUGGAGUUUUAAAAAAGAAAGAAAAAAUAAUUAAACAAAAAGAUAUUAAUGAAAAAUUUCAUGCUGUAAGGCAUGCUUGUAAAGCAUUAGAACAUCUUAAUAAGCGUUAUAAAAGCAAACGCCUUGCAAAUAAUUACACUAGAGUACAUAAAUACGAGGAGAUGGUUGGUUACAUCAGACAUAUAGUCUGGAGAUUUGCUAAACAUGAACCAGAAAAUUUUAAAUUGUUAGAUGUUCGACAUAAUGUUAUGAAAAGUCUAAUUCUUAGUGAUUGCAAUCAUUUGAUAAAAUUUAUAUUAUUUGGAGAUGAAGAAACUGUUGAAAAUAGUAAAGAGAAUGAAGUAAAAGAGGUUGUAAUAAGACACAUACCAAGAAUUAAAUUAUGGCCAGGAAAAAAGUUUUUAAUGGAUGAUGAUCUUGACUUUGAUGAAAGGAAUGAUGGAAUAGAGGAUAAUGAAAAAAUCAUACCAGAAAACAAUAUGGAAUUAGCAAUUUAUCAUUGCAAGGGUCGCGAACUUAAGGAUACAAUUGUUAUUGCUUAUUUCUUGGAAUAUUAUACUAGACAUGCAACAGAUUAUGCGGGUUGGAUGUGUACUGUUUCUAAAGCCAUUCCUUUAUUAUUCAAGUAUAAUUAUGACGAUUAUGCUAGAAAGUUAUUUUAUAAAGAAUGUUUUGCAGAUCAGGAUCACUUCUCAGCUCUAGAUCCUAAUGAGAUAAUUCCAGAGGAAUACCGAGAAAGGCGUAAUCAUAACAUCAAGUUUAGAGCAUUUAGACCUAUAAUCGAAUUAAGGACUGAUAAAUAUGAAUUAUAUUAUAAGAUCCUAAACCCAUUAGUGGAUUUUAAGAAUAAAAUGAUCAAAAGAUAUGAAAAUUUUGAUAACAAUCUUGGAAAAUCGCCAUUAGCUCUACGUGUAGUUCCCCUUCCUAGCUUUACUGUAAAUGACAUUCCAAGGAAAAAAGAAAAGUAUAAUUUGAAAAAAAACCUUUUAAAUAUUUUUUUGUUCUUAUUUAUACCACGAUGGUAUCAGAUUGGUCGAGGUGAUGUGAAGAAGCUAAGUCCUUUUUCUAGGAUGAUAUUAUAUGAAAAUAAUGAUGAUAUUUAUGACAAUCCAGCAACUGAAGCAGUUGUCGAUUUUCGUUGGAGAGAAACAAGAAAUUUCUUUUUUUUACUUUUUCUUCGAUUUCUUAUUUUUGCCAUUUGCUUUACAUUAGUUAGCUGGGCAUAUAUGGAUCACACAACUAUUAUCAAUCAAAAUUUUUUGUUAACAUUAAUUAUUAUAUUCUAUUAUUUGGCAAUUUAUCAACUUAUUACUGAAGCUUUACAGUUUCAUUAUCGUGGAUUUAAAAAAUAUUUUGAUUUUCUAUCUCCGUCUAAUACCAGGUUUAUAUUACUCAGAAAUCCUACGAAUAUUAAAAUCAAAGAUACUACAUUCAGUGGAAAUGCAACAAAUGAUUCAACAAAUGAAACAUUUCAUAUUGAACUUAAAUCCGAUUUUGAUCCAAAAUCAAUUGAUAAUCCAUUUUCAUCUUUUUAUGAAGCAUUAAUGGCAGCAUAUUUUUGGAUCGGUGGUGAUUGGGUUCAAAGAGAUGAAUUUAGUUAUUGGGCUGUUGAUCUAUUUACUUGGAUUGCUAGCAUAAUCCUUGUAUACGUUUUAUUAAAUAUGUUGAUUGCUUUUAUGACUGGUGUAUAUGAAAAAGCAGAAAUUAAAGGUAGACAAACUUCAUUAAGACUUCGAGCAAAUCAUAUAGCAGAUUAUGAAGCAUUACAUCAUAUUAAUUUUUGGGAACCUGAACCUGAACCAAAAAAUAUUUAUUAUUUUGGUCAAUCCAAAAAUUUUGAAGAAUGGUAUAAUACAAGAAAAAAUCAAGGUUCUAUUUAUAAAGAAUUUGAAGAAAAAUCUACUUUUACAAAACAUAUUUUUAAAGAAAGUGAUUAUGAUAAAAUUUCAAUUUGGAAAUAUGAUGAAAAUGAUAUCAUGAAAGAAAUUGAAAAAAUUACAAUCAUAAAAAAUGAUUUAAAUAAUAAUAUUGAUUAUUUUAUUAAAAAAUUUUCUGAUUUAAAGAAUGAAAAUGAUAAUGAUAUUAAUAAUGAUGAAAUUAAUAAUAUUAUUAAUAGGAUUAAAGAUUUUGAAAAUAUUCAAAUUAAAAAUAUUUUGAUAGAUUAA